AUGAGUUUGUUAUCGAAUGGAAAGUAUAACCAAGGGUCGGGUAAGAUCCCUACUUCAAAAGCAGUACAAGAUGGUGAUGAUGGCUAUCGUCGACCGCGCAAAAUCCGUAGAACCUCAUGCAGUAUCACAAACCUCCCCAAUGACUGUCUAAAUCUCAUAUUUAAGUUCUUAGAAACUAGAGGCGAUCGGACAAAAACUAGAGACGAUCGAAAUUCCUUCGGAUUAACUUGUCGCCAAUGGCUUCAUAUCCAAAACAACAAUCAGGAAUCCUUGUGGUAUUUGUGGAGUUGUGUGGAAUAUCCAAGAAUUAGUCACGAAAUCUUUCCCAUGGUUCUUUGUGAAUUGCUGACUCGUUUCCAAAACAUCAAAAAUCUGGGUCUGAGCGGUCGUCCUAAGAUAACCGACUUUGUUACGUCAAAGCCACCGUUCUCUGGAUCCAAAGUUCAAUAUCUUUGCUUGGAUUACUGCUACGAGUAUUCAGAUAUCGAGUUGUCUAUUUUGUUUUCUUGGUUGCCUCGUUUGACAUAUAUAAGUUUAUCACGUUCUUGUAUAACUGAUAAGUGUUUAGAGGCACUAGCAGAAUGUUGUUCAUCGUUAAAGAAGGUUGAACUCCCAUGGUGUGACUCGAUUACUGAUUCAGGAAUAAGUUUUCUCUUACAAAACUGUGGAGAACUGGCUUCACUUUGUAUUAGCUUCUGCAGCAAAAUAACUGGCAUUGGCUUUCUUGGGUGUCCAAAAACCUUAACAAAACUUGAAGCAAUCGGGUGCAAAUUUAAACCAGAGGGGAAAAAAGCAAUUGUAAAUGGAGGUGGGAUGAAUCAUCUAAUUCUAUCAGCUGGGUUCGGCAUGGCUGGAGGAGGAUGUAUUGAUACUGAAGCAGUUAUGACGAUUUCAUAA